CCAUUCUAUCGUCUUUAGUUUUACUUGCUUGAAACAAUUCAUUUACCAACAUUUCUCACUAUGUUUCCAAACGAUCGACUAGCUCGUCUUUCGAUUAUUUCUCGUCCCUCUUCCAUUGGUCCGAGAGAGUCAGCUGACACGUGCCCGCGUGACCGAGCAGCUGUUUGCAGGAGGAAGCAGCUCUCGGACCUCCUUCGUUCACGCAGAUCUCUGCCUUUGCUUUCAGAUGUGGGCUGAUCGCCGCCGUCCAUGAGCUCUGGGUUCGGGGGUCGGGCGGUGACGCUGGAGGCUGCUCAGCCGCCGAGCAGCCGCUCCAUGGAGGUGGCCGUUUACCCGGAAACCCCCUUCCGCGGGGGGGUAGCAGACAUCCAGAAGGCUGAGCUAUGUGCUGGGGGGUCCCUGCUGGGGUGUCUGCGUGUAGGGGGCCGCCUGGCUGUGUGGGACCCAUCGAACAAGGACGCGCCCCCCGUCGCGGCGGAAGGCUGCUUUGUGGACUUCUGGUGGGAUGAAGUCAACCACGGCUCUUCCAGACCCAGGCUGCUGGCUGUUGGGUCUCAGUGGAACCUGAAGCUGCUGGAGGUGGAAGCAAAGCCGGCUGCUUCCAUUUCUCUGCUCUGCGUGUCUGAGUGUCCUGCUGAAGGCUUGCUGCGUGAUGUUGGAGAACAGAGUCUGGGCAUGUCUGACCUGCAGUCGCUCCAGGUUUUGUCUUUCAAAGCAGCUCUCUGCUGUGUGCUGCUGAACGGGACCUGGCUGCUGCAGAUGCACUUAGCAGAUGAUCAACUGAAGCCUCUGACCUCCUGCAGGAUCCAGCCGACAGACCGCGAGCCCCUUGCAGCUUCUCACCACUGCGUCUGUGCAGACACCCUGUUCUCCCUCUGGCCCUCUGGACUUAUCUCUGUGCACAGCAUUGCUGAUGGGAGCCUGCUCGCCAGCAUCGACUUACCCGCAUACCUGAGCUUUGUGGCAGCAGAGGGGGACUCUUCCGUCCUCCCCUCAUCCUUCUGCCUUCUCCAGGUGUCUUCUGACCUCAGUACAGCUGUGGCUGUGAGCCACUCUAACACAGCUGUGGCGCUAGACCUCAACCACUACUUCAGAAUGUAUCCCGAGCACCUCCUCUGUGCUCCUCCCCUCUGCCCAGCUCCUCUACGGCCGAAGGAGCCAGUGGAUCAGGACAGCCUGCAGAGCUGCAGCUGCAGCCGGGCUGCUCUCAGGUUGCCCUUCAGCAUGGACCGGUCUUGGCAGACUCGUCUCACAUCUGCUUACAGCAGAGCCCGGCAGGCUGCUGCACCCUCCUCUUCCUCCUCAUCUACCCAUCAGCCAGCAGCAACCUCCUGGUCCAUGUCCCUCCCUCACCUGAGGUCCCACCUGGCUCUGUCCUCACCCCACAGGAGAGUGCCUCCUGGUGUGAGUCUCGUUUCUUUCUCCGUCCCAGAGUCCUGCGCUCCAUCUGCGCUCUCUGUUUCGGAGUUCUCCGCCCUCCUUACCUUCACUGAUGCUGCAAGCAGACAGGUCACAGUGGCCUUAUGGGACCUGGAGUCUGGGAGUGUGAGCUGCCACCCCGCAGAGGGCGAGUCUACUCCACUUGAGCUGUGUGGACAGAGACCGCAUAGACUUCUACUGAAGAAGGAAGGCGUGUUCCAGGUGUGGUUCUCCAUAUCGCAGCAAGAGCUGCUCAGCAGACUUAUGCUGUUUAGCAAUGCGGCAACGGUGGAUGCAGUCUGUCAUCUGAACACCUGGGGGCGCUGCUCCAUCCCCAUCCAUUCUCUGCAGGCAGGACUGAAGAACCGUCAACUGGACACGGUGGAUUUCUACUUGAAGAGCAAAGAAAACCUUCUGAAGCAUGGUGAAGAGCUUCAUGCUGCUGAUUCCCCUGCAGACCCUUCAGCCAGCCUGACUGACAGUGUGCAGGAGCUGUGCACAGCGUUGGACCUGCUGUGCUCAGCUGUCAGAGAUUCCAGCUGUGACGCUCAGAGCCGGCAGUUUUCCGAGCAGCUGCUCAACAUCACCAUGAGCUUCAUCCAAACACAGAUCCGCUCUGUCCUCUCCGGUUCUCCCAAGCAGAACUGCACUGCAUCCAGCUGUGUGCAGAUCCUGGAGCCGUACAUCACCCAGCUGAGGACUUACAUGAAGAAAUAUCCCUGGUGCGGAAGCAGCAGCACAUCUUGGAGCAGUGCCGGCCAAGACCGCGCCCAGGCUGAGCCAGACCAAUGGGAGCAGCUCUCAACAGAGGAAAUCAUCACUCAGUCCAUCCUAAACAAUCAGAUGCCCAGAGCGCAGGCGCUGUUGCGCAAACGAGGCAGGCUGGAGCAUCAGCUCUCUGCUCUGAGGAUGGAGGGUCUGCGGCAGGUCUUCUCCCGCCUGCAGCACAGGGAUCUGCAGACUGCCACCACACUGCUGGUCAACAUGGGUGUGAGUGUGAAGAAGCAGCUUCACAGCAUCUGUCUCUACACCAAUGACAGUAACCUCAGAGACCUGCUGGUGAAGGAGCUGUCAAAUCAGGGCUUCUUUUCUGAGGAGGAAAUGAAGAGCGUUGUGUUCAUCAGGCAGGUGGAAAAGCUCUGCUCACAGCCGCCUGUCCGCUGCCCGUCUGCAGGCUCAUCUCAGAGGCUGGGUUUGAUGAGGAAAGAGAUGGACGGUGAGGAGCUUGUGAGGAAUUUGGUACAACAGCAGUCGGCAGACGAGGCAGGAGAACUACUGCGUCUCGACUGGGUCAGGAACUGGAACCAGAGCUGCCAGACGGCGGUUCUUUUAUCCAGACAGCAGCACUUGGAGUUGAGCUCUUGUGACUCUUCAGUGUUGUGGCACUACUUGACUUCCCUCCAUGACCAGAACCGCCUUGUGGACUGGAUUGAAGACAAGCAGAUCACUGGCUCCUCCCACUGGCCUGAGAUAACUGCAGAAUUAGUUAACCAGCACACAGCGUGUAGCGCCUACCUGAAAGAAAACCUCCUAGACCUGCUGGCCAGGAGAGGUAUGUUUGUCCCGGGUGAGCUGGCUGACGUGGAGCAGCUGUUCUGGAGGCUUGCUCAGGCCACAGGGCUGAUGGCGUCCUGCCCUCCAGUCCUUCAGUACCGCUCUCCACAGGGUUUGGACUUGCAUGGGGCCGUCAUCACCUUCUGUCUGGACGGCGAUCUUCAGUACCUGCUGUACUCCUACCUGGAGCACUACAGACUGACGCCCAGAAACUGCCGUCUUCUAAACGAGCAGAAGCUCUCUAAGAGCCAGCCCUGGUGUGAGAUGCUGGUAAAGAUUCAAGAGAUUACCAGGGAUCUGUCAGAUGCUGAACUGCUCUUUCAGGCCAGCCUCACCUGUGCUCAGGUGCUUCUGCCGGGCAGCCAGGCGUCCCUCAGCAGCCUGCUGCUGGAGGGGCACAGCCUGCUGGUUCUGGCUGCUGUCAUGUUCUCCCCAGGGGGAAUCGACCAGGUAAUGACUCAAGGGGAGAGGGCCCCGCAGCUGGAUAGGACCAUUGACCCCCAGCUCCUGAAGAUGGCUCUUGCACCCCACCCCAGACUGAGAGCAGCCCUGUUCCCCUCUGGGGUUUCUGCAGGGGGGGCGUCGUCUGAUAUCUCCAUUUACCACCUUCUUCAGUCGCUCCACCCCCUGGAUCCCUGCAUUCUGUUUGGCUGGCAAACGGCAAACACCCUCAACUCCACUGAGGCGUCUGAGCUUCCACACUUCUCCAACCCUCACCUGGUCAGCAGGCAUGCCCUGGUGGAGAAGCUGGACUUUCUCUACUACAUCCGUCAUGGCAGACCCUCCUUUGCUUUUGGGAACUUCCUGCUGCAUCACCUGAGCCUGUGUGGGGAUGUGAGGUUGCUGCUGCAGCGCGCCUGGACCCCCGUGUACCAGCUGGCCUUGCGGUGCUUCCACAUGACGUCUGUGACUUCUGCUGCUGUUUGUUUCUGUGAGCUUUUGGGGAUCAGUAGCAUUAAGCUGAGGGUGGAUGUGAAAGCCGUGAACACCAUCCGGCAGCACUGGAACCAGAGCAGCAGCCGCUCCACAUCCCAGAACCUGCAGACUCUCGUGUCUGCAGCUUUGAAGCUGGUGGAGGCGGAGCCUGAAGCAGCAGAGGAGCUGUUCGGUCACCUGGAGGCUGCAGUUGAACACAGUUUGGAGCAGAGAGGCAUCCACAGGUCCUCCUAUGAAGCAGCUCAGGAGUGGACUCUGGCUGUUCACUUCUGUCAGCUCCACAGUCUGAGACUCAGCAAGGUUUAUCCGGUCUACUGUGCCCAGGAUGGACACUUCAUCCACUUUCUAUUAUUUGUUCAGCUGCACAACUUCCCCCUCCAGCAGGUAAGAUCCCUCCUCUGUGAGUUUGGCCCCACCCUCCAGGCCCACCUGUCGCUGGCGUUCCAGGACCUGGAUGGGGCCAGGAAGCAGUCAAUGUCUCUGAAGUUAGAAGAGGACAACAUAAACCCAGAGCAUCCUAGAGAGCUCUCCCUGAUCCUCCUUCAGAGCCAGCAGGAGCCUGCGCCGCACAGGUACCUGCUACAAGAGGCACUGCUUCAACACUGCCCCCUGCUGGCAGUGCUGGCUGCAUGUUUGGAGGAAGCAGACCACGUGUCCUGCCUGUGUGUGUGGCUCCUCACCUCUGUGGAUGAGGUCACAGCAGGUGAAGCCACCUUCCACCUGAUUGAAGCACCCCGAUACCAUGAAUGGACCCUGCACGACCUGUCAGUCAUCUGGAAAGUACUGCUGGGGCGGGGUCAUGUCAGGCCCCUCCUUCGAGGCUUUGAGCUUUUCCAAAAGGACUGCCCUCUGCUGCUGGUGCUGCAGAUGUUUGAGAUGUGCUGUGACUGCAGGAAGUUCACUGAGGCCAAAUCCAAGCUGCUUGACUUCCAGCGGACUCUGAUCGCCCUGAGGAGUGGGGGUCCGGCGCCCAGGGGUGCACCCCCCCUGCAGUGGGUUGAAAGCCAGGCCUCUGCGCUGCUCCUCAUAAUGCUGCAGCGCUGCUCCUCUCAGUACGACCUCCACCGACUACUGCAGCUCCUGACGGAAGUCGACAAACUCCUCAAAUCCCACGGCCCAGACUUCAGGAAGUUGAGUCAGCUGAGUCAGCUGCUUCAGGGCUCGGGGGUCGCUCUGUCCCCCAGCCUCCUCCAGUGCACUUCUCCUUCACUCCAGCAGGAGGAGCUCCAAAACAUUGUGGACGCUCUGCAGGCCAGAGGUCAAUACAGCCUGGGGCGGCAGGUGGCUCUGCUGGCGGGUCUGCCCAUCCACAGUCUUCUGAUUCACCAGCUCCUUCAGGAGAUCAACUCCCAGAGGACAAAGCCACAGUGGGGGAGGUUGGAGACCAGGGUCCUCUUCUGGAGGAAAUGUCAGCAGCAGCUGACAGCUGACGGCACAGACCCAGGGUCCGCUGCUCGCUUCUUCCAGUCGCAGACAAAGAGUGAUGAGGAGGCAGAGACGGAGCUGUUGGACAUGCAGGAGCGCUGCAUGCUGCUGCAGCUCCAAGCUCACUGGCUUACUCUGCUCAGCCCUGUUCCUGUGGAGGAAUUGCGGGGCCUGGAGAAACAGCUGUGGUUCAGCCGGGUCCACGAACACAUCCUCUCUGCUUCCAUGGAGGAGGAGAGUGUGUUCAAGCUGCUGCCGCCGCCCUCCUCCCCAGGCUUCAGCUCCUACAGACUCUUCCUGGAGGAGUUCUCCUUCUCCACCAUCACAGAGCUUAACCAGGAGGACUGCCUGAGUCUGGAUAGACUUUCAGGUCCAUUGGAGGAGCUGAACGUGGAGCCUGAGCUGAGUCUGCAGGAGAGCAGAGUCUUGUCUUCCCUGGUGGACCAGAUGCUGGAUGAAGGCAGCAUUCAUGAAGCGGCUCGAGUCUGUGCUUACUUCUCUUUGAAGCACGCAGACACACGAGUGGUGCUGCAUUGCCACGGCUUGGCAAGCGGAGCUCUGAGCCCGGACCCUGGAGAAGAGUCCCCAGGAGCCCCUGCAGGGGGGGGCCUGAGCACCUCCGUGUCACUCAGCAGCCUGUCCUCCCUGAUGAUGCUUCCCCUCCCUGAAGACGCCGUCACUGUCCAGCUCCAGAGGCUGGUGGAAGAAUGUCGCCAUGGCAGCAACUACUGCAAACGAGUCCUCAACUUGUACCAGCUGUCUAAGGACCUGCAGUGCUCCUUCACUCACAUCUGCAAGGAGGAACCAGGCUCAGUGCUGCAGAAGCUGUUGCUGCUGGACCAACCGGAGCGCUUCAGGAAAGCUCAGGCCUUCAUCAGGGCUCAGGCUUUACCAGCAGACUCUGUGGCCCAGCUGGUCUCCUCUGCCGUGCUGCAGGCGCUGCUGCAGUCAGGACAAGAGCCACCACCCGGUGAGAACACAGCCCACAGGCUCACUGCAGCUUCCUCCCCCUCUUUUACACUCCACCAUCGUGUGUGUGCAGGUGUGUCAGCUGCAGAGAGGCAGGUUUUCAGGCUAUCGGAGGGUGGCGAUUCUUUGAUGCAGCUCAUCAAACUGUGUGACGAGCCGAGUCUGGUGGGGCUGAAACUGCUGGAAAACUUCAACGCUGUUCCUCUAAGAGACCUGAGCUGCAUUGUGGAGCUGCUGAUCAUUGCUCACGACUGCUUCAGUUUGACCUGCAACAUGGAGGGCAUCGUGAGAGUGCUCCAGACGGCCCGCCACCUCAGCCACUCCUACCUGGCUCCAGGAGAUCACUACGGCCUGCUGGUGCGCCUGCUCACAGGGAUGGGUCGCUACAACGAGAUGACAUACAUCUUUGACCUUCUGCACCAGAACCACCGCUUUGAGAUGCUGCUGAGAAAGAAGGUGGACACAGAUAGAAAACAGAGCUGCAGUCUGAAGACAGCCCUGCUGGAUUACAUCAAGCGCUGCCUCCCUGCAGACAGUGAGAAGCACAACAUGGUGGCUCUGUGCUUCAGCAUGAGGAGGGAGAUUGGAGAAAACCAUGAGAUGGCUGCGAGGACUCAGCUAAAGAUGAUAGAGUCUCAGGACUGGGUUGUGACUCCGGACCUGAAAACUUCUCUGGUAAAAGCUCUGGGUCUGUUGAAGGACGCUGCCGAGAGCUACUUUAAGGACUCCUGUGUGCGCCAGGCCACUCGCUGUGUGCGGACAGCCAAGCUGGUCACUCUUCAGCUUCACUUCCUGAACCAGGGAUCAGAGCUCCGCCUCAUCAACCUGCAACCUUCAGAGCUCCUGAUAGCUGUCAUGGCUCUGCCCCACUGCUACCAGGUGUUUGUGGUGGCUGAGGCGUACAGCUACAGUCCAGACUGGGCCGAGGUUCUGUUCCAGAAGGUUGUCCUUCGUGGAGACUUUGUGUACCUGGAGGAGCUGAAACAACACUGCCCCCUGACCCCCACCCUGUUUGAGGACAUUUUUAUGAAGCUGGACGGCUCCUCCAACAGCACCAUUACAAAUGCCAAGCGACUGCUGACUUACUGUGACGAUGUGUACAGUCGCUAUAAGUUGGCCUAUCAGCACAGCUUCUACGAUGUCACCAAGAUGCUGCUGCAAGACGCCAAAACAUCCAGCUACCUGAACGACAGGCUUGCCAGCUGACCGCUGCAGUUUCAGCUCCUGUGCGCGGCCACGAGAACCAACAGCCUGCUGCCAGUCUGCAGCUUUGCUCUGUGGAACAUCACUCUGAGCAGGAGACAUGAAGGCUAACUAGAUUCAUCAGUUUAUAAAUGUAUAUUAAAGACUUUUGAAUUAA